CUGCUGGCCGGGGGCAUGCUCUCCUCGCCCGCGCCGCCCCCUGGCCCCCUGGAGAAGAUCGGCCGGUACAUCGACCUCCACCAGGAUGAGUUUGUCCAGACACUCAGGGAGUGGGUGGCCGUGGAGAGCGAUUCUGUCCAACCCGUGCCUCGUCUCAGGCAAGAGCUGCUGCGGAUGAUGGCCAUGGCUGCGGAUAAGCUCCAACGCCUGGGAGCCAGCGUGGACUCCAUGGACCUGGGUUCUCAGCAGCUGCCUGGCGGACAGAGCCUUCCUCUACCGCCCAUCCUACUGGCUGAGCUGGGCAACGACCCGAGGAAACCCACUGUGUGCUUCUACGGCCACCUGGACGUGCAGCCUGCGAAGCAGGGCGACGGGUGGCUGGCAGACCCGUACACGCUGACGGAGGUGGACGGAAAACUCUAUGGCCGGGGAGCCACAGACAACAAAGGCCCUGUCUUAGCUUGGAUCAAUGCUGUGAGCACCUUCCACGCAGUGGAGCAAGACCUGCCCGUGAAUGUCAAAUUCGUCCUUGAAGGCAUGGAGGAGGCGGGCUCCGUGGGCCUGGAGGAGCUCGUUCGCAGAGAGAAGGAGCGCUUCUUCGCGGGCGUGGACUAUACCGUGAUUUCUGAUAACCUGUGGCUCAGCCGGAGGAAGCCUGCACUCACCUACGGCACACGAGGAAACAGCUACUUCCUGGUGGAGGUGAAGUGCAGAACCCAGGAUUUUCACUCGGGAACCUUUGGCGGUAUCCUCCACGAGCCCUUGGCUGACCUGGUUGCUCUUCUUGGGAGCCUGGCAGACUCCUCCGGUCACAUCCUCAUCCCUGGAAUCUACGACUCCGUGGCUCCGCUUACAGACGAUGAGAAGGACAUGUACAAGGCCGUCGAUCUGGAUCUCGAAGAAUACCGCAACAGCAGCCAGGUGGAGAAGUUCCUGUUUGAGACCAAGGAGGAAAUCCUGAUGCACCUGUGGAGGUACCCAAGUCUUUCUAUUCACGGGAUCGAAGGUGCAUUUGACGAGCCUGGAGCUAAAACAGUCAUUCCUGGCCGAGUUGUAGGAAAAUUUUCAAUCCGCUUGGUUCCUCACAUGAACGUGUCCGUGGUGGAAAAACAGGUGAAGCGGCAUCUCGAAGACGUGUUCUCCAAAAGAAACAGUUCCAACCACAUGACUGUUUCCAUGGUGGUAGGACUACAGCCGUGGCUGGCAAAUACAGACGAUAACCAGUAUCUUGCAGCAAAGAGAGCAAUCAGAACAGUGUUUGGAAGAGAGCCAGAUAUGAUCCGUGAUGGAUCGAGCAUUCCAAUUGCCAAAAUAUUCCAGGAUACUCUUCAGAAGAGUGUGAUGAUGCUUCCGCUCGGAGCUGUUGAUGACGGAGAGCACUCCCAGAAUGAGAAGAUCAACAGGUGGAAUUACAUAGAGGGAUCCAAGCUGUUUGCUGCCUUUUUCCUGGAGCUGGCUAAGCUGCACUGAUAGUGAUAGAGCCUUCCAGUUGGAUCUGACCCACGGACAGGUCCCUUCUCCACACCCAUGGA